GCCUCAUAAUCCAGAUCUAUCCUGACUCUGUUACUGGAGACACGGCCGGGUAAUGGGGUCUCCUUCCUGUCAUGUAUUACUAAGUACUCAUCACCCCACAAUCUCUCCAAACCCCAGGACUUCCUAUUAAAUCCAAUCCAAGACUGAACUCCCCUCCUGUCUAUACUGGGGUAGCACAUUCCGACUUUCCAGUAGAUAGAACCCCCAACAUCCACUUCCCAGUAAUGUCUCCCCGAGGAGAAAAUCUGACUGCUGAUCACCUGAGGACACUGAAAUCUCUCUGGUGUUUCUGGGAGAUUCUGAUGUGAUGAUGAGGAUGCAGUUUUCCCGUCAUCUGAUAUAAGUAGAUAAUUACCAGCUGUCCUCACAUCCAGUAAUAUGUCUGUAACCCCCGACACCCCCCAUGUUUGCUGUACAGCCCCAAUAUUUGGUCCUCCAGUGGAGGAGGGUUGGGGGUCUGGCCUGGAUGGUGGAGCAUUGAUGGGACCUUUGCCCUUUGUAGUAGAAUGUGGAGAGACAUGUGUGCCUGUACAUUUCUGUACAUUGACCCCAGACAUGAUAUCAGAUAAACCCGUGUGUAAUAUGUGUGAGAUCCCCCCCACAUCCACAUCCCCUCCAUCAUGGAGGAGGUUCUCAUGUCUCUCUCUGUCCUCA